UGCGCGCGCAGUUUGGGCGCGGGUGGUGCUGGGCGGCUGGGGCCGCGGAUAAAGCAGGACUCGGUUUCCCAGGGUACCGCCGCGGGAGUCUCCGGCGGGCGGGCGCGCGCGAGCCCUCAAGUGAGGCGGCCGAGGCGGCGGCCCAGGCUUCUGGGUCCUCCUGGUCUACUGCUUUCUCCUCGGCUUUUACCCCGUCGGCCACUGCCACCGUGGGGCCCGGCCCGACCGACAUGGCGGCGGUAUUGCAGCAAGUCCUGGAGCGCGCGGAGCUCAACAAGCUGCCUAAGUCCGUCCAGAACAAACUUGAAAAGUUCCUUGCUGAUCAGCAAUCCGAGAUCGAUGGCCUGAAGGGGAGGCAUGAGAAAUUUAAGGUGGAGAGCGAACAACAGUACUUUGAGAUAGAGAAGAGACUGUCCCAUAGUCAGGAGAGACUUGUGAAUGAAACCCGAGAAUGCCAGAGCUUGCGACUUGAGCUAGAGAAACUCAGCACUCAGCUGAAGGCUGUAACUGAGAAAAACAAAGAACUUGAAAUUGCUCAGGAUCGCAAUGUUGCCAUUCAGAGCCAAUAUACAAGAACAAAGGAAGAACUAGAAGCUGAGAAAAGAGACUUAAUUCGAACCAAUGAAAGACUGUCUCAAGAACUUGAAUAUUUAACAGAGGAUGUUAAACGUCUAAAUGAGAAACUUAAAGAAAGCAAUACAACAAAGGGUGAACUUCAAUUAAAAUUGGAUGAACUUCAAGCAUCUGAUGUUUCUGUUAAGUAUCGAGAAAAACGCUUAGAACAAGAAAAGGAAUUGCUACAUAAUCAGAAUACGUGGCUAAAUACAGAGUUGAAAACCAAAACUGAUGAACUUCUAGCUCUCGGAAGAGAAAAAGGAAAUGAGAUUCUAGAGCUUAAAUGUAAUCUUGAAAACAAAAAGGAGGAGGUGUCCAGACUAGAAGAACAGAUGAAUGGCUUAAAAACGUCAAAUGAACAUCUUCAAAAACACGUGGAGGAUCUGUUGACCAAAUUAAAAGAGGCCAAGGAACAACAGGCCAGUAUGGAAGAGAAAUUCCACAAUGAAUUAAAUGCUCACAUAAAACUCUCUAACUUAUACAAGAGUGCUGCCGAUGACUCUGAGGCAAAGAGCAAUGAGCUGACCCGGGCAGUGGAUGAACUACACAAACUUUUGAAAGAAGCUGGAGAAGCAAACAAAGCAAUUCAAGAUCAUCUUUUAGAGCUGGAAGAAUCUAAAGAUCAAAUGGAAAAAGAAAUGUUUGAGAAAAUAGGGAAAUUGGAGAAGGAAUUAGAGAAUGCAAAUGACCUGCUUUCUGCUACAAAACGUAAAGGAGCCAUAUUAUCAGAAGAAGAACUUGCAGCUAUGUCUCCUACUGCAGCAGCUGUAGCGAAAAUAGUAAAACCUGGCAUGAAAUUAACAGAGCUGUAUAAUGCUUAUGUGGAAACUCAGGAUCAGUUGCUCUUGGAGAAACUAGAGAACAAAAGAAUUAAUAAGUAUCUAGAUGAAAUAGUGAAAGAAGUUGAAGCCAAAGCACCGAUUCUGAAACGCCAACGGGAGGAGUAUGAACGUGCCCAGAAAGCUGUGGCAAGUUUAUCUGUUAAGCUCGAACAAGCUAUGAAGGAGAUUCAGCGAUUUCAGGAGGACACUGAUAAAGCCAACAAACAUUCAUCUGUACUUGAGAGAGACAAUCAAAGAAUGGAAAUACAAAUAAAAGAUCUUUCACAACAGAUUAGAGUGCUUUUGAUGGAACUUGAAGAAGCAAGGGGCAACCAUGUAAUUCGUGAUGAGGAAGUAAGCUCUGCUGAUAUAAGUAGUUCGUCUGAAGUAAUAUCACAGCAUCUAGUAUCUUACAGAAAUAUCGAAGAACUUCAACAACAAAAUCAGCGUCUCUUAGUGGCUCUUAGAGAACUUGGAGAAACCAGAGAAAGAGAAGAACAAGAAACAACUUCAUCUAAAAUAACUGAGCUUCAGCUCAAACUUGAGAGCGCUCUCACUGAACUGGAGCAACUCCGUGAGUCGCGACAACAUCAAAUGCAGCUUGUUGAUUCCAUCGUUCGUCAGCGUGACAUGUACCGUAUUUUAUUGUCACAACAACUUGAGAAACUUCAGGAGCAAGUUACAGAUUUGCGGUCACAAAAUACCAAAAUUUCAACCCAGCUAGAUUUUGCUUCUAAACGUUAUGAAAUGCUACAAGAUAAUGUUGAAGGAUAUCGUCGAGAAAUAACAUCAUUACAUGAGCGAAAUCAAAAACUCACAGCAACGACUCAAAAGCAGGAACAGAUCAUCAAUACAAUGACUCAGGAUUUGAAAGGAGCAAAUGAAAAGCUAGCUGUUGCAGAAGUAAGAGCAGAAAAUUUGAAGAAGGAAAAGGAAAUGCUUAAAUUGUCAGAAGUCCGUCUUUCUCAGCAAAGAGAGUCUUUGUUAGCUGAACAAAGGGGGCAAAACUUGCUGCUAACUAAUCUGCAAACCAUUCAGGGAAUAUUAGAGAGAUCUGAAACUGAAACCAAACAAAGGCUUAGUAGCCAGAUAGAAAAAUUGGAACAUGAGAUCUCUCAUCUAAAGAAGAAGUUGGAAAAUGAGGUGGAACAAAGGCAUACACUCACUAGAAACCUGGAUGUUCAACUUUUAGAUACAAAGAGACAACUAGAUACUGAGACAAAUCUUCAUCUUAACACAAAGGAACUAUUAAAAAAUGCUCAAAAAGAAAUUGCUACAUUGAAACAGCACCUCAGUAAUAUGGAAGUCCAACUUGCUUCUCAGUCUUCACAGAGAACUGGUAAAGGUCAGCCUAAUGAUAAAGAUGAUGUGGACGAUCUUCUGAGUCAGCUAAGGCAAACAGAAGAGCAGGUGAAUGACUUGAAAGAGAGACUCAAAACAAGUACUAGUAAUGUAGAGCAGUAUCGGGCAAUGGUUACUAGUUUGGAAGAGUCCCUGAACAAGGAAAAACAGGUGACGGAAGAAGUACAUAAGAAUAUUGAAGUUCGUUUAAAAGAGUCAGCUGAGUUUCAGACACAGUUGGAAAAGAAGUUGAUGGAAGUAGAGAAGGAAAAACAAGAACUUCAAGAUGAUAAGCGAAAAGCCAUAGAGAGCAUGGAACAACAGUUAUCUGAGUUGAAGAAAACACUCUCUAGUGUUCAAAAUGAAGUACAAGAGGCUCUUCAGAGAGCAAGCACAGCUUUAAGUAAUGAACAGCAAGCCAGACGUGACUGUCAGGAGCAAGCUAAAAUAGCUGUGGAAGCUCAGAAUAAAUAUGAAAGGGAAUUGAUGUUGCAUGCAGCUGAUGUUGAAGCUCUACAAGCUGCCAAGGAACAGGUUUCAAAAAUGGCAUCAGUGCGUCACCAUUUGGAAGAAACAACCCAGAAAGCAGAAUCACAGUUGUUAGAGUGUAAAGCAUCUUGGGAGGAAAGAGAGAGAAUGUUGAAGGAUGAAGUUUCUAAGUGUAUUUCUCGCUGUGAAGAUCUGGAGAAACAAAACAGAUUACUUCAUGAUCAGAUUGAAAAAUUAAGUGACAAAGUAGUUGCCUCUAUAAAGGAAGGUGUACAAGGUCCAUUGAAUGUAUCUCUCAGUGAAGAAGGAAAAUCUCAAGAACAAAUCUUAGAAAUUCUCAGAUUUAUACGAAGAGAAAAAGAAAUUGCUGAAACUAGGUUUGAGGUGGCUCAGGUUGAGAGUCUACGUUACCGACAAAGGGUUGAACUUUUAGAAAGAGAGCUACAAGAACUGCAAGAUAGUCUAAAUGCUGAAAGGGAGAAAGUCCAGGUGACUGCAAAAACAAUGGCUCAGCAUGAAGAACUGAUGAAGAAAACAGAAACAAUGAAUGUCGUUAUGGAGACCAAUAAGAUGCUAAGGGAAGAAAAGGAAAGACUGGAACAGGAUCUACAGCAGAUGCAAGCAAAGGUGAGAAAACUGGAGUUAGAUAUUCUGCCUUUACAAGAAGCGAAUGCUGAGCUGAGUGAGAAAAGUGGGAUGUUGCAGGCAGAGAAGAAAUUAUUAGAAGAGGACGUUAAACGCUGGAAAGCACGUAACCAGCAUCUACUAAGUCAACAGAAAGAUCCAGAUACAGAAGAAUAUCGGAAGCUACUUUCUGAAAAAGAAGUUCAUACUAAGCGUAUUCAGCAGUUGACUGAAGAAGUUGGAAGGCUUAAAGCUGAAAUUGCAAGAGCAAAUGCAUCUUUGACCAACAACCAGAACUUAAUUCAGAGUCUAAAGGAAGAUUUAAAUAAAGUAAGAACUGAAAAGGAAAAUAUCCAGAAGGACUUAGAUGCCAAAAUAAUUGAUAUCCAAGAAAAAGUCAAAACUAUUACUCAAGUCAAGAAAAUUGGACGUAGGUACAAGACGCAAUAUGAAGAACUAAAGGCCCAACAAGAUAAGGCCAUGGAGACGUCUGCUCAGUCUUCUGGAGACCAUCAGGAGCAGCAUGUCUCAGUCCAGGAAAUGCAGGAGCUCAAAGAAACCCUCAACCAAGCUGAAACAAAGUCAAAAUCACUUGAGAGUCAAGUAGAGAAUCUGCAGAAGACAUUGUCUGAAAAAGAGAUAGAAGCAAGAAAUUUUCAAGAACAGACUAUGCAACUUCAGUCCGAACUUGCAAGGCUUCGUCAGGAUCUUCAGGAUAGAACCACACAGGAGGAGCAGCUCCGGCAGCAGAUAACUGAAAAGGAAGAAAAAACACGAAAGGCUAUUGUAGCAGCAAAAUCAAAAAUUGCACACUUAGCUGGUGUAAAAGAUCAACUAACUAAAGAAAACGAAGAGCUUAAGCAAAGGAAUGGAGCCUUAGAUCAACAGAAAGAUGAACUGGAUGUUCGAAUGACUGCUCUUAAGUCCCAAUAUGAAGGUCGAAUUAGUCGUUUGGAAAGAGAACUCAGGGAGCACCAAGAGAGACACCUUGAACAGAGAGAUGAGCCUCAGGAACCUUCUAAUAAGGUUCCAGAACAGCAGAGACAGAUCACCCUGAAAACAACUCCAGCUUCUGGUGAAAGAGGAAUUGCCAGCACAUCAGACCCACCAACAGCCAACAUCAAGCCAACUCCUGUUGUUUCUACUCCAAGUAAAGUGACAGCUGCAGCUAUGGCUGGAAAUAAACCAACGCCCAGGGCUAGUAUCCGCCCAAUGGUUACACCUGCAACUGUAACAAAUCCCACUACUACCCCAACAGCUACAGUGAUGCCCACACAAGUGGAAUUACAAGAAGCUAUGCAGUCAGAAGGACCCGUGGAACAUGUUCCGGUUUUUGGAAGCACAAGUGGAUCUGUUCGGUCAACUAGCCCUAACGUCCAGCCUUCGCUCUCUCAACCCAUUCUAACUGUUCAGCAGCAAAUACAGGCUACAGCUUUUGUGCAACCCACUCAACAGACUCAUGCUCAGAUUGAGCCUGCCAAUCAAGAGUUAUCACCAAACAUACUAGAGGUUGUUCAGAGUUCUCCAGUUGAACGGCCUUCUACUUCCACAGCAGUAUUUGGCACUGUUUCAGCUACCCCAAGUUCUUCUUUGCCAAAGCGUACACGUGAAGAAGAAGAGGAUAGCACCAUAGAAGCAUCAGACCAAGUCUCUGAUGACACAGUGGAAAUGCCUCUUCCUAAGAAGUUGAAAAGUGUUACACCUGUAGGAACUGAGGAAGAAGUUAUGGCAGAAGAAAGUACUGAUGGAGAGGUAGAGACUCAAGCAUACAACCAAGAUUCUCAAGAUUCCAUUGGAGAAGGAGUCACCCAGGGAGAUUAUACACCUAUGGAAGACAGUGAAGAAACCUCUCAGUCUCUGCAAAUAGAUCUUGGACCACUUCAGUCAGACCAGCAAACAACUUCAUCCCAGGAUGGUCAAGGCAAAGGCGAUGAUGUCAUUGUAAUUGACAGUGAUGAUGAGGAAGAGGAUGAUGAUGACAAUGAUGGAGAACAUGAGGAUUAUGAGGAAGAUGAGGAAGAUGAUGAUGACGACGACGACACAGGGAUGGGAGACGAGGGUGAAGAUAGCAAUGAAGGAACUGGAAGUGCAGAUGGCAAUGAUGGAUAUGAAGCUGAUGAUGCUGAGGGUGGUGAUGGAACUGAUCCAGGUACAGAAACAGAAGAAAGCAUGGGUGGAGGUGAAGGUAAUCAGAGAGCUGCUGAUUCUCAGAACAGUGGUGAAGGAAAUACAGAAUCCUCUUUUUCCCAGGAGGUCUCUAGAGAACAGCAGCCAUCAUCAGCAUCUGAAAGACAGACCCCUCGAGCCCCUCAGUCACCAAGACGCCCACCACACCCUCUUCCUCCACGACUGACCAUUCAUGCUCCACCUCAGGAGUUGGGGCCACCAGUUCAGAGAAUUCAGAUGUCCCGGAGGCAGUCUGUAGGACGUGGGCUUCAGUUGACUCCUGGAAUAGGUGGCAUGCAGCAGCAUUUUUUUGAUGAUGAAGACAGAACAGUUCCAAGUACCCCAACUCUUGUGGUGCCACAUCGUACUGAUGGAUUUGCUGAAGCAAUUCAUUCCCCUCAGGUUGCUGGUGUUCCUAGAUUCCGGUUUGGGCCACCUGAAGACAUGCCCCAAACAAGUUCUAGUCAUUCUGAUCUUGGUCAGCUUGCUUCUCAAGGAGGUUUAGGAAUGUAUGAAACACCCCUCUUCCUAGCUCAUGAGGAAGAGUCAGGUGGCCGAAGUGUUCCCACUACUCCUCUACAAGUGGCAGCCCCAGUGACUGUAUUUACUGAGAGUACCACCUCUGAUGCUUCAGAGCAUGCCUCUCAGUCUGUUCCAAUGGUGACAACCUCUACUGGCACUUUAUCUACAACAAAUGAAACAGCAACAGGUGAUGAUGGAGACGAAGUAUUUGUGGAAGCAGAAUCCGAAGGCAUUAGUUCAGAAGCAGGCCUAGAAAUUGAUAGCCAGCAGGAAGAAGAGCCUGUUCAGGUGUCUGAUGAGUCUGAUCUCCCUUCUACCAGCCAAGAUCCUCCUUCCAGCUCUUCUGUAGAUACUAGCAGCAGUCAACCGAAGCCUUUUAGACGAGUGAGACUUCAGACAACAUUGAGACAAGGCGUCCGUGGUCGUCAGUUUAACAGACAGAGAGGUGUGAGCCAUGCAAUGGGAAGUAGAGGAGGAAUAAAUAGAGGAAAUAUUAAUUAAAUUGUAAACUAAAAUAACUGAAUGAGAUUGUUGUCUGCUUUAGUGUAAUGUUGUCGAGUUUACAAACUUUUUGUAUUUUAAAUUGGUAUGUUCAUCUCAACAUCUUUAUUAAUAAAAUGUAUUUCAGUGUCAAA